AGGCCGCACGCGGAAGGAAGCUCCGCGCGAGCGGUCCAGGCCCCCGUGCGCGCCCCGCGCUUUGGAGCCCCGUGGACGAGCGGCCGCCGGUCCUGGAGUCCGGGUCGGCCGGUGGCGGCCCCUGAUGCGCUCUGCCCAGGUAGAGCGAGUCGGGGAGGCCAGUGGUGGACGGGACUGGCCAGCAUCACGAGGCCCGGGCUCCGCGUGUGUCCAUGGCCAGUCAGUGCCCGUCUCUGCCCGGGGCCUUUGCCAUCCUGAGCAGAGACUCCUGCACCUGCAACACAAGCCGAAGCGCCUGAGGGCAGGCUGCCCGCCGGCUGCGCUGCUCCUCAUGGUGCGCCAGCAGCUGGGCCAGGACACCAAGGCCCGGAGCUGCCUGCGGGCGCUGAAGGCGGACGCGGAGGCCCAGCUGGUCGCCAGCCACUGGGCGGGCAUGGACGCCGCCGGCGCCCCCGCGCCCGCGGAGCCCCCAGACCUGUCGCGGGCCGCGGCCCCGCUGCACCACCUGCUCGCGGAGGAGGAGGAGGAGGAGCUGUGCCCGGGUGCCAUGCAGGACUCGGCGUCGUACCAGACGGCCCUGCAGACGCCGAGCGUCAGGGCCGAUCCCCGGCUGUGGGAGCUCCAGGAGGAGGCCCGGGAGCACCGUGCAUGGGACCUCGCCGAUCCCCGGCUGUGGGAGCUCCAGGAGGAGGCCCGGGAGCACCGUGCAUGGGACCUCGCCGAUCCCCGGCUGCGGGAGCUCCAGGAGGAGGCCCGGGAGCACCGUGCAUGGGACCUCGCCGAUCCCCGGCUGUGGGAGCUCCAGGAGGAGGCCCGGGAGCACCGUGCAUGGGACCUCGCCGAUCCCCGGCUGCGGGAGCUCCAGGAGGAGGCCCGGGAGCACCGUGCAUGGGACCUCGCCGAUCCCCGGCUGCGGGGGCUCCAGGAGGAGGCCCAGGAGCACCGUGCACGGGACCUCCCCGAUCCACGGCUGCGGGGGCUCCAGGAGGAGGAGGCCCGGGAGCACCGUGCAUGGGACCUCGCCGAUCCCCGGCUGCGGGGGCUCCAGGAGGAGGCCCGGGAGCACCGUGCAUGGGACCUCGCCGAUCCCCGGCUGCGGGGGCUCCAGGAGGAGGCCCGGGAGCACCGUGCAUGGGACCCCGCCGAUCCCCGGCUGCGGGGGCUCCAGGAGGAGGCCCGGGAGCACCGUGCAUGGGACCCCGCCGAUCCCCGGCUGCGGGGGCUCCAGGAGGAGGCCCGGGAGCACCGUGCAUGGGACCCCGCCGAUCCCCGGCUGCGGGAGCUCCAGGAGGAGGCCCGGGAGCACCGUGCAUGGGACCCCGCCGAUCCCCGGCUGCGGGGGCUCCAGGAGGAGGCCCGGGAGCACCGUGCACGGGACCUCGCCGAUCCCCGGCUGCAGAAGCUCCAGGAGGAGGCCCGGGAGCACCGUGCACGGGACCCCGCCGAUCCCCGGCUGCGGGGGCUCCAGGAGGAGGCCCGGGAGCACCGUGCAUGGGACCCCGCCGAUCCCCGGCUGCGGGAGCUCCAGGAGGAGGCCCGGGAGCACCGUGCACGGGACCUCGCCGCCGAUGCAGAGCCCUUCCAGCCCCUCCGCUCCGGGCCGGGCCAGCCCCCGCGCUCCUCCUCGUCGCCGCUGCCCAUCGAGGGCCCGCCGGGCUGGAGCCAUGGGCGCUCCCUGAGGUCCACGGGGAGCCCCACCUCCCUGGCCAGCAGGCUGGAGAUCAGCCAGUCCCCGACCAGGACCGUCCUGGGCUCGCAGCGCGGCCCGCGGGGGCCCAGCAAGCUGUGCGCGGAGCCCGGGCGGGCGGCGGGGGGCGGCCAGGAGCCCGAGGAGACGAGCUGGCCGCCCGCCUCGGAGCCCGCGAGCCCCCCGGGGCUCCCCGAGGCCAGCGCUGCGGGCAGCGGGCCCUCCCCCGGGCAGCCGCGCCCCGAGGCGGCGCCGGGCCCCGCCCACCCGGCGCCCACCGGAAGCGGAAGUGCCGGCCCCGACCGGAAGCCGCGCGCCGGAAGUGCCCGCGCGGGCCGCGGCCGGGCGUCCGGCGCGGCGCUGGGCGCGGGGCCCUCGUUGCCCGCGGCCCCCCCCCGGAAGUUCCACAGCUUCGUGGUGCUGCACACGCGCGCCGACGAGCACGUGGCCCUGCGCGUGCGGCGGCGGCUGGAGGGCCUGGGCGUGGCGGGCGGCGCCACCUUCUGCGAGGACUUCCAGCAGCCGGGCCGCGGGGAGCUGCGCUGCCUGCAGGACGCGCUGGAGCACUCGGCCUUCGCCGUGCUGCUGCUCACGCCCAGCUUCGGCUGCCGCCUGAGCCUGCACCAGCUCGGCCAGGCGCUCCUGGGCAGCCUCACGCGGCCCGGCUGGCGCGACAGCGCCGUCCCCUUCCUGCCCCUCGAGAGCUCCGCGGAGCAGCUGAGCCCCGACGCGGCCGCGCUGCUCGCGGGCCUGGUCUGGCUGGACGAGCGCUCGCCCGUCUUCGCGCAGAAGGUGGGCCGCACCUUCCGGCCCCAGGUGCUGCGGGAGCGCCGGGAGCACUGGAGGAGGGAGCAGGAGGUGCACGCCCUGCGCGAGCGGCGCCAGCGGCUGCAGGGGGAGCAGCAGCGGGCCCGCGCCUGGGCCGCCGCGACCUCGGCCUACGCCCGGAGCUACCGGGCGUUCUGCCGGCAGAUGGAGCAGCUGCGGGUGGAGCUGGGCGGGUUCGAGGCCUGGGGCGCGGGGGACCCCGGGGCGCCCCCGCCGCUCUCCCCGGCCUGGCCGCCCGGCGUCCCGCCGCCCCCUGCUCUGCAGCCCCCCUUCCCGCCGCCCUCCCCCCAGAGCCCGGGGGUGCAGCCCCUGAUCAUCCAGAACGCCCACAUGGUGCAGCUGGGGCUGAGCAACCACAUGUGGGGCCAGAGAGGGGCCCCGCCCCUGGAGGACAAGGCGGGACCGGAGGCCGAGUGACCGCGGGACCGGGUCUGAUCUUUGGGGGACCUUGGGGGGUCCCGUCCCUCUCGCCCAGCCGCCUACAGGGGUGGUCGGGAGAGGUUUUGCCACCCAGAACAUUCUGGAAGGAGACUGCUACUCUCGGGAAGUGGCGUGAGCAAGACCCGAUGAUGAUGUUUGUGGUGUCCCGGGGUCUUGGGAUUGGACGUGGGGUUGGCUCACCUAUUCUGAUACUAGAUGCAGGGCUGGGGGAGAUUGCUGAGGUGCUUCGAUUGUGAUAAAUAUUUAUUGAGUGAA